CUGUGGGCGGUGGCUUCUUUGGGCCGUCGGGAGGGCUAGGAACGAGGCUUUCCCGAUUCCCUGCUCCAGCAGGGUCUUCAGGAGGGAAAUCCUGGGGGCACUGGCAUCACAGUGAGCGAAGAGAGAGCGCCUGCAUUCUGCAGGAUGAAGGACUAGAGGCCCCACACGAUGCCGCAGGAAGAAAACGCCGGGGCGAUGCAGCGAUUUGAUACACUGGACGUGUCAGCCACGCUCACGUUGGAGUCGGCUCUGGGCAGACAGCGAGCUUCCAGAUGGGUGUCCCCCGAGGCUGCUCCAGGCACCCGAGACUGUAAAAUGAAAGCCCAAGAGAAGUACCGAUCCGACGUGUGGUUAGAAAUUGAACACCUGACUAAGGGGGCAGUGCGGGAGGACCCGAGGCCACGCUCCGGGGCGCUGUGUGGCCCUCCGGCCGCCGCGGGGGCUGCGGGCCAGACAGACCCAGCUGAGAACAUAUUUGAACAGAACCUCAAGAUCCAGUUCUACAUCAGUUCCAGGUCCACAUCUCCGUCCUCACACAGUGCAGACGAAGCCGCCCCAGUUAAGAUUGUGGACUCUGCUUAUCUACCGGUUCAUACGCCAACAAUAAAGAAAAAGGAAUAUCACAGUAGUAUCCUCUUUCCAACUAAGAGUAAGAGCCACCGGUUUUUCCUCACAACCUUCACUGCUCCCACCAAGUGUCACCAGUGCACGUCUCUGAUGGUGGGCUUGAUAAGACAAGGCUAUGCCUGUGACGCAUGUGGGUUCUCCUGUCACACAAUGUGUGUUGAAAAAGCUCCACAAGACUGUCCAGUGUCUUCUCAGCAAAAGAAAGCUGCCCUCCGUUUAGAUCCACAGGAAGGCAUGGGAACAGCCUAUGAAGGCCACGUCUGGAUCCCAAAGAAAGCAGGGGUGAAAAAAGGAUGGCAGAGAGCACUGGCGAUAGUGUGUGACUUCAAACUCUUCCUUUAUAACAUGGAUGAAGAGAAAGACUCAAAACCCAACGUUGUCGUGAGUCAAGUGAUUGACAUGAGGGAUGGAGCAUUCUCUGUCACUUCGGUCUGGCCCUCCGAUUCUAUCCCUGUAAGGAGAAAGGAAAUGCCCCGCAUGUUUAAAGUCACAGCUUCCCAGCUCUCGGUGCCUGGCAAUAGGUACUCAGUGCCAAUCCUAGCAGACAGCGAGGAUGACAAGUGUGAGUGGGUGGGAGUGCUGAGUGACUUGCACAAGAUGCUCAGAAAAAGUCACUGUCGAGACCGCUCAGUCUAUGUCUUCAGAGAGGCUUAUGACAGCAGUCUGCCCCUGAUCAAAACCACCCAGACGGCUGCAAUCAUAGAUCACAAAAGAAUUGCUCUAGGAAAUGAAGAAGGCUUAUUUGUUGUACAUGUCACUAUAGAUGAAAUCAUUCGUGUUGGUGACAUGAAGAAGAUUCAUCAGAUUGAACUCAUCCCCUGUGGCCAGACGGUUGCAGUGAUCUCUGGGAGAAGUCGCCAUGUGCAACUGUUCCCCAUGUCAGCUCUGGAUGGACGGAAGACUGACAUUCACAAGCUGGAGGAAACCAAAGGGUGUCAAACAAUGACUUCUGGAACAGUGUGCCAAGGGGCCCAUACAUGCCUCUGUGUAGCAAGGAAAAGCCAAGUCUUUUGUUAUGAGCUGUUUCAGAGCAAGGAAAUUUCUCAUAGAAAAUUUAAAGAGCUCCAAAUCCCCACCAGUGUCCAGUGGAUGGCCAUCUUCAGUGAGCAGCUUUGUGUGGGAUUCCAGUCAGGAUUCCUGAGAUACCCCUUGAGGAGAGAAGGGAUUCCAUACAGGAUGCUGCACUCACAUGACCCUACACUGUCAUUUAUUACACAUCAACCAGAGGACGCUCUCUGUGCAGUUGAGAUCUCCAGUAUUGAAUAUCUGUUAUGUUUUAGGAGCAUUGGAAUUUACACUGACAACCGGGGCCUCCGAUCCAGGGCCGUUGAGCUGAUGUGGCCAGCAACUCCAACCUGUUGCCGUUACAAUGCCCCUUACCUCUCUGUGUACAGUGAAAAUGCAGUGGACAUCUUUGACGUGAACUCCAUGGAAUGGAUCCAGACUGUCCCCCUCAAGAAGGUUCGACCCUUGAAUAGUGAAGGAUCCCUAAAUAUUUUACUUUCGAAGACAAUUAGAUUAAUAUAUUUCAAAAAUAAGAUGACAAAUGGAGAUGAGCUGGUAUUUCCUGAAACAUCAGAUAAUCAUCAGAAGCAAAUGGUCCAACAUCUUCACAGCAAGUGUCGAUAUUCCUUCAGAGUACCUACAGGGAAGGGAAAUCCACCCACAGGGCUGUGACCACCACCCCUUGCAUGUGAGCCAGAAGGACCACUCCAGAACCCUGUGCUAUGUGAUGUGAUUGGGAAGAAGAAACCAGUUGCUUAAACUCGGGCAGAAACUUCUGUUCACAUCAGUGUUAAUGUUUAUUUCUCUGUGAAACUGGAAAGAAACCCUUUUUGUAGUAAGUACAAAUGGAAGUGUAAUGUUGACUCCUACCUCUGUGAAUGUGGAAUAAGUGAAAUUCAGUAUGUAAGCCUCCAUGUCACAAAUAUACAACAAAUGUGUAUACACAUCCUAAUGUUAUACCCCAUACCUGUUUUGUGAACAAAUAAAUUAUUUGCAUAUGCA